UCUAGGCGCCGCUGUUCACCAGUCGGGGAAGGGAAGCCGCGCGCCUGGAGCCCCUCCCUUCCCCACCGCGCCGGCACAAAGCCGAACGAGAUGGAUACUCACAGAUCCUGACGCCGGACACUUGAGAGUACUUUGCUUCGUUUUCUAACAUAUUUUGGAUGCGGACGGCCUGAGAUCUCGCAGAAACAAAAGCUGGUUCAGAACAAACCGGCUCAAGAAACAGCGGAAUACCGGCUCCGACCCUGCCAUGGCGAAUCGGCCACAGCGCCAGAACCGCAGCGGGCUGGCCCUGCUGUGCGUCUUCCUGGGGACGCUGCGGGAGUCCGGGGCCGGGCAGAUCCGAUACUCGGUGCCUGAAGAGACGGACAAGGGCUUCUUGGUGGGCAACGUCUCCAAGGACCUGGGGCUGGAGCCCAGUGAGCUGGCGCAGCGCGGAGUCCGCAUCGUGUCCCGAGGUAGGGCGCAGCUGUUCGCGCUGAGUCCGCGAGGCGGCGGCUUGGUCACGGCGGGCAGGAUAGACCGGGAAGAGCUCUGUGAGACGGUGUCCUCCUGUUUUUUAAAUAUAGAGAUUCUUGUGGAAGACACCUUGAAGAUUUACGGAGUGGAGGUGGAAAUACUGGAUAUUAACGAUAACGCCCCCAGCUUCCAGGAAGAGGAAGUAGAGAUAAAAGUCAGCGAGCACGCAGCCGCUGGAUCACGGUUCCCCCUUCCCAGCGCCAGGGAUCCGGACGUGGGCGCGAACUCCCUCCAGAGCUACCAGCUCAGCCCUAACAGCUACUUUACUUUGCAAGUGCGAGGCGGCGAAACAGAUGGGGCCAAGAAUCCGGAGCUGGUGCUGGAGGGAGGCCUGGACCGGGAGAGGGAGGCUGCGCACCUGCUGCUCCUCACAGCCUUCGAUGGAGGGGAGCCUGUGCGCAAGGGCACGAUUCCCAUUCGUGUGGUGGUCCUCGACGUAAAUGACCACAUCCCAAAGUUCACCCAGUCUGUGUAUCGAGUGAGUGUUCCCGAAAACCUCAGCUCGGGAACUCGGGUGCUCGUGGUAAACGCAACAGAUCCAGAUGAGGGAGCCAAUGGGCAAGUGAUGUAUUCAUUCCGGAAUGUGGAAAGCAAAGCUUCUGGAAUAUUCCAGUUGAAUUCUCAAACCGGAGAAGUUCUAGUACGGGGGUCUCUGGAUUUUGAAAAGUAUAGAUCCUAUGAGAUGGAAGUUCAAGGCCAAGAUGGUGGAGGUCUUCUGACCACGGCAAAGGUGGUGGUUACCCUUGUGGAUGUGAAUGAUAACGCUCCAGAGAUAACCAUCACCUCUGCUACUCACUCCAUGCUGGAAAAUUCGCCUCCAGGUACAGUCGUUGCUCUUUUAAACGUGCAAGACCAAGAUUCUGGAGAAAAUGGUCAGGUCUCCUGUUUCAUUCCUAACAAUCUGCCUUUUAAAUUAGAAAAGACUUAUGGAAAUUAUUACAAGUUGGUAACAAACAGAGCAUUGGACAGGGAGCAGGUCCAGAGCUACAAUAUAACACUGACAGCCAGGGACCAGGGGAAUCCACCCUUGUCUACAGAAACUUACAUCACACUGAACGUUGCAGACGACAACGAUAACCCUCCAGCUUUCUCUGACUCCUCCUACUCCGCUUACAUUCCUGAAAACAACCCCAGAGGAGCCUCCGUUUUCUCAGUGACUGCCCUUGACCCAGACAGCCAAGAGAAUGCACAGGUCACCUACUCUCUUACGGAAGAUACCAUCCAGGGGGCGCCCCUGUCCUCCUACGUCUCCAUCAAUUCCGACACUGGGGUCCUCUAUGCACUGCGCUCCUUUGAUUAUGAACAGUUUAGAGACCUGCAGCUGUGGGUGACAGCCAGCGACAGCGGGGACCCGCCACUCAGCAGCAACGUGUCGCUCACCCUGUUCGUGGUGGACCAGAACGACAACGCCCCCGAGAUCCUGUACCCCGCCCUCCCCACCGACGGCUCCACAGGCGUGGAGCUGGCGCCCCGCGCCGCAGAGCCCGGAUACCUGGUGACCAAGGUGGUGGCGGUGGACAGAGACUCGGGCCAGAACGCCUGGCUGUCCUACCGGCUGCUCAAGGCCAGCGAGCCGGGGCUGUUCGCCGUGGGGCUGCACACGGGCGAGGUGCGCACGGCGCGCGGCCUGCUGGACAGAGACGCGCUCAAGCAGAGCCUCGUGGUGGCCGUCCAGGACCACGGCCAGCCCCCGCUCUCGGCCACCGUCACGCUCACCGUGGCCGUGGCCGACAGCAUCCCCGACGUGCUGGCGGACCUGGGCAGCCUCAAGCCUUCCGCCAGUGCGGACGAGUCGGACCUCACGCUGUACCUGGUGGUGGCGGUGGCCGCGGUGUCCUGCGUCUUCCUGGCCUUCGUCAUCGUGCUGCUGGCGCUCAGGCUGCGGCGCUGGCACAGCUCUCGCCUGCUGCGGGCGGCGGGCUGCGGCGGCGGGCUGGCGGGCGUGCCGGCCUCGCACUUGGUGGGCGUGGACGGGGUGCGCGCCUUCCUGCAGACCUAUUCCCAUGAGGUGUCCCUUACUGCAGAUUCAAGGAAGAGCCAUAUUAUCUUCCCGCAGCCCAACUACGCGGACACGCUCCUCAGCCAGGGGAGCUGUGGGAAAAGCGAGCCACUCUUAAUAGGUGAAGACUCAGCUACUAUUUUAGGCAAAUGUGAUCCGAUAAAUAAUCAGCAAGCCCCGCCCAACACGGACUGGCGCUUCUCUCAGGCCCAGCGACCCGGCACCAGCGGCUCCCAAAAUGGCGAUGAAACCGGCACCUGGCCCAACAACCAGUUUGACACCGAGAUGCUGCAAGCGAUGAUCUUGGCCUCGGCCAGCGAAGCUGCUGACGGGAGCUCCACCCUGGGAGGAGGCGCCGGCACCAUGGGCUUGAGUGCCCGCUACGGACCCCAGUUCACCCUGCAGCACGUGCCUGACUACCGCCAGAACGUCUACAUCCCUGGCAGCAAUGCCACACUGACCAAUGCGGCUGGCAAGCGUGAUGGCAAGGCCCCGGCGGGAGGCAACGGCAACAAGAAGAAGUCGGGCAAGAAGGAGAAGAAGUAACGUGGAGGCCAUGUGGAGGCCGGGCGGGGAGCCAAACGGGGCGGUCUCCCUCACCCCCAGCCAGCCUGAGAGCCACGGGGCGGCCUCCCCCUCCCCAGCCAGCCCAGCCUCUCCCUACCUGUACCCAGGCCUCAGAAUUUCAGGGCUCACCCCCAGCAUAGUGGUUGGGGCCAAGGCCAUGCUCCCCUUGGGAAACAGAAACAAGUGCCCAGUCAACACCCCCCCUCUGUGCCCCCAAGGGGUUGAAUAUGCAAAGGGAGUUCUGCUGGAACCCCCAUCCAAUCAAUUGCAGUCCCGUGGGGGUAGUGGGGUUAGUGUAGAUACCGAGAACCAUUUGCAGCACCCAGUUUAGUUACAGCUGAACUCCAUCUUCCAAAUCAAUCGGGCCCAUCCAUCCCCGCCUCCAGCAGUUCCCCCCCCUGAGUAAGGUCAUUGGGGUGUUGAGGUACCAGGUGACCUAAGCGUUGGGAAAGGCAUCAUGAGCUCAUGGCCUCUCCUCCAACUCUGUCUUCCCCCAAAGCAUGGUUUGGUGCCAGUCCUUGCACCUCCUUCCGGAGGCUGAGAGCCAGUGCCCAAGUUUUGGGGGACCUGGUCACCAUCCCCAUGGUACUGACGCAUGCUGGAUUUAGCGAGGGCAUUUUGCUGCCAAGCCUCUUCCCAAAGCCCUGGGGAGCAGUUUUUUGUUCUGUUUUUCACUGUUUGAUGUUCCAACUGCAUGCUGUGACUUCCUACACCCGCCUCCAACCAGAGACUCCAUUGCAUGCUCCGAGGCAGCACGGGGUGGGAAGGUAAGGAAGGGGAGUGUGUGUACAUGGAUGGGGGGAUGGACAGAGCUCAACCCGUCGACCAGCCGGGUGUGUAGGAGGCUCUGUAUGUCCCCAGGGUACUUCCAAGAUCCCCAGAUUCCAGCCCUGACCAAGCACUGGGCUGGACCCUCCCCUCCCACAGAAGGCUCAGCCCAGGGAACCACAUUUGGGCUGAGUUAGCAGGACCAAGGGAUUUAAACUGGCAUUUCAGUCCAAGGAAGCUCUGAGUAGGUUUAGGACCAGGUCCCCAGGAAUCACAGGGACCUCUGUGGGUGCUGGGUACUCCACAGGUACCAUUGUGGAAGGGGCUGUGCAGCCCCAGCCGGGAGGGCCAGCCAGGCCAUUCUUGGUCCCUGGGUUGGGGAGACAAGGAGCUAGAGCAGGGACCAAGUGGACCGCGAGUCUCAGCCCAGGAUGGGGCUGCACCACUGGGCUCCUUGACUCCUCAAACCACGGUCUUUCACCUUGCCAGGUGCCAUCUCUUCUCUGUCAAGGCCACUGCCCGGGCCCCCAGUUCGCCCCCUAGUGGCCAGAGCCUGGUUAAAGUCCCCCAGUGCCUCCUUGUGCAUAGGCCCUCCUCUGCCCACCCCCUUCUGCCCCGGGGGUCCCGUGCGAACAGCGGGGCUUCGAGGAGAGAACCCCCCCACCCCGGCCCUUACAGUAGAGUAGUGCCCCCUCCCUCCCUGGCUGGUGUAGAAUAGCCAAUAGUGUAGUGCGGUGUGCUUUUGCGUGACGGCGAGCGGGCAGCGGGCGGCGGGCUCCGCGCGGCCGUCUGUCCUUGAACCUGCCCGCGGCGGCCCGUGCUGUGUUUUGUGCUGUGUCCGCGCGCUGCGGCGGCCCCUCCCCCAUACUGACGCCUUCUAUAAGCGCUUCUCUCCGCAUAGUCACGUAGCUCCCACGCCCUUCCUGUAUCUCACGCAAGUUUUAUACUCUAAUAUUUAUAUGGCUUUUUUUCUUCGAAAAAUAAUAAAAAGGUUUCUUCUGAAA